AUGAUCCGAAAACUUGCCUUGUUAUUUGUUUUUUUGGCCACACUUUCCAUGGUCUAUGCUUUUCCAUAUCAUUUGAAUAAGAGGGCUGCUAAUUUUGGACAAUGUCAAGGGCUUCCACCAUCAUCAAAGGCCACAGUAAUCAGUAAUGUAACACUUAGCCCUGAUCCUCCAAAAGCUGGUUCUAAUCUCGAAGUUAAAGGUUCAGCAACGACCGAAACUAAUAUUGAUAAAGACGAUUUAUUCUUUUUUGUAAUGUUUGAUACAAACAAUAACGCUCUAUUCGUCCCCGAACCUUUUAAUAUUUGCGCGAAAACUGAAUGUCCAACAACAACGUUUAACUUUGAUGAAAACUAUGAUUUAUCAACCGUACCAUCGUUACCAGAAGAUUUCUUAGUUGCAAUUGUAAUUGCACCUAAUUUAACUGAUCCAUUAGCAGCAAAAGCUUGUGGAGAAGCUUUGUUCCCAGAACAAUAA